AUGAGGAGGAACCACUCCGACCUUGGUAUCUCUCCACCGGAUCUUUUUGCAGAUGAUCGUCGGAGCUCGAAGAAAAUAAACUGCGACGCCGCCGCCGGUGCCGCCUCAGGGGCUAUAGCUGCCACUUUUGUGUGCCCAUUGGAUGUGAUAAAAACCAGAUUGCAAGUCCAUGGCCUUCCUGAAGCUCACCAUUCUGGUCCAAAUGGUAUUAUCAUUAUUACAAACCUACAGAAUAUAAUACGAACUGAGGGUUUGAAGGGACUGUACCGUGGCCUUUCACCAACAUUGGUGGCACUACUUCCAAACUGGGCAGUGUACUUCACAGUCUAUGGGUAUCUGAAAGACCUGCUCCAUACGCGUGUGAAUAACAGUGGUCAACUUACAUUUGGUGCAAAUAUGAUUGCUGCUUCAGGCGCUGGUGCUGUCACAGCAAUUGCAGCAAAUCCACUGUGGGUUGUCAAGACCAGACUCCAAGUAGUGAUCCGUGUAUCACAUGGCUUGAGAAUGAACUGUCACUUGAUGCAUGGUUUGGAAUUUGACAGAAGCAUUGUACUGGGGCAACUUUGGUUUAUUUUCAUGAAAAGACACGGGAUGAGACCAGGUGUGGUUCCAUACACAGGCAUUUUUCCUGCUUUAAGAAGGAUUGCACGUGAGGAAGGAAUCCGGGGGAUGUAUAGUGGUCUUUUGCCUUCAUUAGCUGGAAUAAGUCAUGUCGCAAUCCAAUUUCCAGCAUAUGAAGAGAUUAAGUCCUACUUAGCAAGAAGGGACAAUACAACCCCCAACAAGGUAAGUCCUGGGAAACUUGCAAUUGCUUCUCCCGUAUCUGAAGUAGUUGCCUCAGUAAUGACUUACCCACAUGAGGUUGUGCAUUCCAGAUUGCAAGAGCAAGGACAAUUGAGGAAUUCCAAGGUCAAGUAUGCUGGUGUUGUUGAAUGCAUUAAACAGGUAUUCCAGAAGGAAGGUCUUCCAGGCUUCUACCGUGGCUGUGCAACUAAUCUAUUGAGAACGACUCCAUCUGCUGUUAUAACAUUUACCAGCUACGAGAUGAUACAUAGGUUUUUGUAGCAGAUUUUAUCUCCAGAUGAUGAGCAUUCAGAGGUCAACCCUAAAUCUGAUGGCCAUAUUAAGCGUCAAGAGGAAAAUGACAGGACAGGUAAUAAUAAAGAUGAUACAAUUGUAGGUAAAUCACAUAAUCCAUCUAAUAAGAGAACCGCUAUAGUUCCUUUCAGAAGCACUGAUAAGCUUAGGGCUGAAUAGUGUUACAAUUGUUUCUUUUCCAUCUUAUGGCACAGUGAGAAGAUAUCCUGUAAGUGGGAACUCUUCAAUAAGGCAGUGAAUAAAUAUGGCUGCAAUUUUUUGGAAAUGUGGCUUUAUUGUUA